CUUCCCUGUUCUCAUUUGUCCCUGUGGACUGUGGAUUCCAGCUUCGUCAAAACCGGUCUCCCAGAUUCCAUUUUCAAGGCAAAAACACAACUUUGAAAACUAACUCACAACACUAACAAAAGGGAAAAGAAAAGAAAAGAAAAAGAGUUGGGGCUGUGGUGUUGUAGAAGCUAAGUGGAUGAUGGCUGGGUAUAGAGCUGAAGACGACUACGAUUAUCUAUUCAAGUUGGUUUUGAUUGGGGAUUCGGGUGUGGGCAAAUCCAACUUGCUCUCAAGAUUCACCAGGAACGAGUUCAGCCUCGAGUCCAAGUCCACCAUUGGCGUUGAGUUCGCUACCAGAAGCUUGACUGUGGAUGCCAAAGUCAUCAAGGCUCAAAUUUGGGACACCGCUGGCCAAGAAAGGUACCGGGCAAUCACUAGUGCAUACUACAGAGGUGCGGUGGGUGCUUUGCUCGUGUAUGAUGUCACCCGCCACUCGACUUUCGAAAGCAUUGAGAGGUGGCUCAAGGAGUUGAGAGACCACACGGAUCCCAACAUCGUUGUCAUGCUCGUGGGCAACAAAUCUGAUCUCCGGCACCUCGUGGCAGUGUCAACGGAGGACGGGAGGUCUCUCGCGGAGAGGGAAUCCCUCUACUUCAUGGAAACUUCAGCACUCGAAGCCACUAACGUGGAGAACGCUUUCUCUGAAGUUCUUGCCCAAAUCUACCACGUCGUGAGCAAGAAAGCCAUGGAGAGCGGCGAGAAUGGAACGGCUUCUGCUGUCCCUUCGAAGGGCGAGAAAAUUGAUAUUGGUAAAGAUGUAUCUGCAGUCAAGAAAAGCGGUUGCUGUUCUUGAACACUUCCAAGCAAGUUAAGUUAAGCUGCAUUAAUGGUGGAAUGUGUAUUGCUGCAUGUUUCUAUAUAUGUACACCCAUGUUGUUUUGAACAUCCUAGGCUUUUAGUUACAGUCUUUCUAGUAUUUUCUUCAUUCACUUCAUAGAAGGAAUGUAAUUUAUUCAGUGGAUUCCAUUAACAUCUGAUUCAUUCUUUCUUCUUGUACUACAAGGAAUGCAAUGGUUUUCUUUUUCCUUUU